GGCAUAUGCACCAGUAGAGAUACCCCCCACCAAAUUGUCCAGCCUCAACUACCCUCCGGUUCAGACCCAGACUGUCCAAAUAACAGCAAGCAAGAAGCCAAACCCCAUAGCAGCACAAGCCGUGUCCGAAAAUCAGCAGAAACCACAUGACAGAAGCACGACCAGGGCUUCUGGCCGGUAACCUUAAAAUGCCACGAGCACAGGAUCAUACCGAGCAUCGCGUAGAGAUUAGGGUAGUAUUGCAAAAUACCACAGGAUACAGAUGGCUAGGAUCCAACCUGUCACUGGUUACGGUGUUCCCACAUCUGACACCACAGGCUGUCAAAUUAGGCGACGCAAUGCAUAUCCGGGCGAUUGUCGCACAGGGAUCCCUCUCACUCUCUCACUCACGACCAGGCAUGUGUGUCACGCCCCAGGUACCUGAAUCUGGAGCCUUACUACUGACUGAAAGUUCAGAGGAAGGGAUAAGCGGCGACAUGAAACACCGACCCCGACUUGGGCCGUCUCGGCGGAUUCCUGCCCUUCAGCCCGUUCCGGGCCUCGCCACGUGGGCCUGUCCACCACCUCCUCUUCCCUCCUUCUAUUCUGUUUUGCUUCUGCUUCCAGGAUGAGCAGUAGCUAGCCUUGUUUUGUGUUUGUAUUCUAACUGACUGCUUGGUGGCUGGAAGGAUAGUCGUCAUGUCAGACUGGCGGUGAGUUGAUAGACAGAGCCUAAUUUCCUCCAUUCCCAUCGCCGAGCGUAGUUGCUUCAUUGAUGCUUCCAUAUACAUACACAGGUCAUCUCUCCCGAGGAGAAGAGGAAGCCUUAGGGCCCCGUCAAACACCAGCAAUCCCGUCCGAUCUAGUGUCAGAACAGGCGCCAUGUGGCUGGAUUCGGGAUACGUUGAUCACCAUUCGCCGCCGUCCACAUCACAUCACUUCGUAUAGCAGUUUGCUUUGUCGUCGGUCCCGACAAUUGACCGGUGGGGGCGCAAUUGCUAGCUUUUUCCUCCCCGACAACGCCGUGAGAGACAAUAAGGUGACGAGUCAGACCUGGGUACGAGCCUGGGGGUACGAGGGCAAACGAUGGCUUUUUGACCACGAGGGCGCCAAGGCAGGUCUAAUCGAGGCGGCGCUUACGGGGGGGACCAACCGGUUGAUUUAUGUGUUUGUUUACUUUUUCUUGUCUUUCGCGUUGCUUCUCUUUUUU